AUGGUUUCCUGGGAGUGCUGGCACUUCUUAAAAGAAAAGUGGGUGAAGGACAGUGCGCAGAAGGCAUCCACUGGAGGGCACUCUCCUCACUGGCCACGUAUCCCAGCCAUACCUCUGGAUAAGACCUCACCACAAUGCCUGCCAUCUCAAAUGAAACACACCAUGGAAACCUCAAUGUUCAUGUUUCACAAAUUUGCCGGGGCUAAAGGCUACUUAACAAAGGAGAACCUGAGAGUACACAUGGAAAAGGAGGUUCCUGGAUUUUCAGAAAAUCAAAAUGACUCUUUGGCUGUAAACAAAAUAAUGAAGGACCUGGGCCAUUCACUAGAGGGCAGAAUGGGCUUCCAGAGCUUAUUUUUGCUAAUUGCUGGUCUCACAAUCACACGCAAUAUCUAUUUUGUAGUAAAUAUAGAGCAGAAGGGAAAGAAGUGGGCAGCACUGAGCAGUUACUCCUGCCCUGAUAAGAGUUCUCCCAAUGGGUGA